AUGUGGUCACUGCAAUUCUACAUCAUCGCAUUGUUUCUGUUCGACAGUCCCGUGACCGGGUCGCACUUCAGAUUUGCCACAAUCAGCUGUAGGCCCGCUCCGGAUAACGCUUCAGUUGGCCUGAUGAAUGUGACCUGUGCUUGGAGGUCGGCCUGGAGAUUAAAUUAUGGUCCUUGUGGAAACCCCUGUACGCCCGAUAAAUUCGAAAAACUUUCAGUUUCUUUUUGGAAGUUUCCUUAUUGGCAGUGUUUAUCUGGUUGCGGAUCCGGAACCCCUGAGGUUGCUCCUCAUAGGUACUAUGUCACAGCCAUAGAUCCGACUGAUGAAUGGCAACAAGGGGAAAAUGAGUUCAGUUACACUUUGCCACACUCUGGUGUGUUUUCGUUUGGAUUUAAAGACUGUUGCUGGGUAGCAAUGGAAAGAGGAGACCGAAAAAGCUGGAAUGUUACAACCGAAUAUAAUGCUGGUAUCCGAAACGACACGGGAAAACCAAAUUCAAGCCCAGUAACCACAAGUAGCCCCAUGGUUAACAUGGAUGUCACAUGUGGCUAUCAAUUUGACAUCCCAAAUGCUGAUGCAGAUGGGGAUAUUGUAAGAUGUCGCUGGGCAAAGGGAGAGGAUGAGUGCGCCGACAUAUGUGGGCCACUUCCGGGGUCAACUUUGUAUCCGCAGUUCACCAACCUGGCUUGCAUGGUUUGCAACUGGUUUGACCAGCCCAUAUAG